AUGCUCGCCCACCAGGCGAAUAACCUGCGCAGCAGCCUGUCCAGGGUGCGGAACCCCGGCCGUCGAAUCCCAUCAGCGUGUUUCUCCACCACUUCCACGCGCAGCAAUUAUGAUGCUACCAUCCAAAACCUCAAGAUCGGCGCCCACACCCGUGUCAUUUUCCAAGGCUUCACCGGAAAGCAGGCGACUGCAAAUGCAAAGGAGUCAAUAGAAUGGGGGACAAACGUCGUUGGCGGCGUCAAGCCCAACGGCUCCGGAGAGCAUCUGGGACUGCCCGUCCUGCCUUCGGUAAGGGCGGCCAUGGAGCAGUUGAAGCCGGAUGCCACGGGAAUCUACGUUGCGGCCCAUCAGGCAACGGCUGCAAUCGAAGAGGCAAUCGAGGCCGAGGUCCCGCUCAUCGUCGCUGUGGCUGAGCACAUACCGCUGCAUGAUAUCAUGAGAAUUCACUCCAUGCUGCAAUCUCAAUCAAAAUCGCGACUUGUGGGUGCCAAUGCUCCAGGAAUAAUCUCAGCCAUUGGAAAAUGCAGAAUUGGCUUUCAGCCCCUGCCCACAUUCUCGCCGGGUCACAUUGGCGUGGUGGGAAAGUCCGGCACGCUGUCCUAUGAAACAGUGGGAUCCUUGACAAGAGCGGGUCUUGGGCAGAGUCUGUGCAUUGCAGUCGGCGGCGAUGUUAUUGCAGGAACAAACUUUAUCGAUGCUCUCAAAGUCUUUGAGCAUGACGAAGACACAGAGGCUAUUAUUAUUGCUGGUGAACUCGGAGGUACCACGGAAGAAGAGGCGGCCGACUGGAUCAAAGAUUACCGGAAGCGCGUCAAGAAUCCUAAACCAAUUGCUGCCGUCAUUGCAGGUUUCCAAGCACCGCCUGGAAAGGUAAUGGGCCAUGCUGGAGCCUGGGUUGGCCUUGGAGAAGGCACCGCCGAGGCAAAAUACAAGGCAUUGGAGAAUGCCGGUGUGACCAUGGUUGAUCAUCCUGCCAGAUUCGGCGGAGUCAUGAAGGAGAUUCUCGCAAAAUCAGGCCGUAACGAGCAAUCGGCAGCGCAGCAACGUCGCUCAUACCAUACAGUUCGCACACGACGACCCAUGUUCAAUUCGACAACAGGGCCUUCAUUCCAGCAGACACGCUCACUCCACCUCACAAAAGAGCAAUCCGCAAAUCUUCUCAAAUCCUACAACAUCAACCUCACCGUACCGCCCGAAGGCUCACCCUCAACCCACUACCUGGGCAUCUCACCUGACCGCUCCACCCGCUCCCCCUCCAUCAUUGCCGCCCCAACAGCCUCCCCCUCAAGUCUUGACCGCCGCGUACGCCGUUUCCCCUUUGACUACCGCACAGGACCCAGCGAGUCUGCCAUCGCCGCCGCAACUGCGCACAUGCAACUUUCCGCGCUGCCCCCGAAAUCCAAAGCCCAGCUCGUCGAAGCCAUCCACAACCUAUGGAAACUCUACGUAGCCAAGGAAGCCAUAGACGCCCACGUCAAGCUCGCCCUCUCUGUCUCAACCGACGACCUCCUCUUCUACGACCCCUACCUCUUCUUCGACGACGCAGCCUUCAAAUCUGGAAAACGACAGGCAGACCUCCACGCCCUGCGCGAUGCUGAAUCUAUCAGCGCGAUGCAGCGCGAAGCCGAAGAAGCAGGCAUCGUGUAUAUCCCUCUCUCCCCCACUCCCAGCACACAAGACCAAGACGCACAAUCGACCCCAAACAACCUCGUCGGAACCCUCGUCAACGGCGCAGGCCUCGCCCUCAACACAAACGACACUUUAGCCCUGCGUCUCGCGCCGCACACAUCAGCCGCCAAUUUCCUCGACACGGGCGGCAAAGCCACAGCCGCAACCAUUGCAACGAGCUUCAAGCUCAUCCUCGCCGACCCCCGCGUCAGCGUCGUCUUCGUCAACAUCUUUGGCGGCCUCACCCUCGGCGACAUGAUUGCCCGCGGAAUCAUACUCGCCUUCCAAGACGUCGGUGUCGACAAACCCGUUGUCGUGCGUUUACGCGGCACAAACGAGGAGGCUGGACGUAGGAUCCUAGACGAGGCCAAUUUGCCGAUUCUCGCAUUUGAUGAUUUCGAAGAGGCGGUGCAGAAGGUGGGCGAGUUGGCGAGGGGGGGCGGCUGAAAAUAGCUGCUAGCCAGGUGCGAGGUAGGAUGCAUGCAUGUAUAGAGCGGGUUGCGUUGUGGGGGUUCUGAAUAAGUCAUGGUAUGCAAGAAGUGAAUGAAGGAGUAUGGAGCAAAGAAAAAGAAUACCGACAUGUGUAUUCGACGUGAAAUAAA